AUUCUUCCACAUGGAGGCGGACCGUCAGAGCAGGGCGGCUUUUAGUCACUGACAACAGGCUGAACAGAGCUGCAAACCUUUUGCCUUGAGAAGGGAAAGUGGGUUUUCCUCUGUCAGUGAAUGAGAAUGGAGAUAGCAGAGAGACAAGAGUGGACAGCCAGACAGGGAUCCACUCUGCUGGGGACAGGGACAAGAGGAUAUCCACAGGAGCAUCCAGACCAGUCCACAAAGUGUACAGCAACUAAAAGGAAAAUAACUGCUGGAGUUAUUCUGAUCACGUUACUGGCUUUAAUCCUAGCAGUCAUAUUGAUCUUGAAACUACACUGUGAUUUAAAAGAUAACACCUGUAAGAAUAGGUGUCUUUCUGGGAAAAGAAACACCAAGUCAUCGUGUCACUGUGAUGCAGCAUGUGUGCAGGAAGGCAACUGCUGCCUUGACUACAAAGAAGUGUGUGUUGAACCCAGUCAACUAUGGACAUGCUCCAAAUUCCGUUGUGGUGAAGAGAGGUUACCCAGCAGCCUUUGCUCUUGUGCUGCAGAUUGUGGUCAAAAAGGCGAUUGCUGUACAAAUUACUACAGCAUGUGUAAAGGAGAAAAGGCAUGGCUAGAAGACGAAUGCGAUGAUAUCAAGACACCCCAGUGUCCUGAAAGUUUUUCCAAACCACCACUAAUUCUAAUAUCACUGGAUGGCUUCAGAGCAGAGUACUUGAAUGUUUAUGGAGACUUACUGCCAACCAUCAAAAAGCUAAGAAAAUGUGGAACUUCUGCAAAAUAUAUGCGUCCUAGUUAUCCUUCAAAGACCUUCCCCAACCAUUACACCAUUGUAACAGGUCUGUAUCCAGAGUCACAUGGGAUUGUGGACAAUAAGAUGUAUGAUGUUAACCAGAACGCCACCUUCAGUUUGAAAGGAAAAGAGAAAUUUAAUCCAGUUUGGUAUCAUGGUGAACCAGUAUGGCUCACGGCCAUGAGCAACGACCUUAAAGCUGGGACAUUCUUCUGGCCUGGAUCAGAUGUACUGAUUAAAGGACAAUUUCCAAAUUUGUAUAAAGUGUAUGAUGGAACAAUUCCAUUUGAAAAGAGAGUGAUGACCAUUUUUGAAUGGUUGAGUUUGCCCCAAAGAGAAAGACCAGACUUUUACACUUUAUAUUUGGAAGAGCCUGAUAGAUCUGGACACAUCUAUGGACCAAUGAGCGGCAAGGUGGUUGAGGCUCUAUUGAAGGUUGAUGAGAUUAUGCGGUUGAUAAUGGAUGGUCUCAAGCAGAGAAAACUCCAUAAAUGUGUAAACCUGGUUCUCCUGUCAGAUCAUGGAAUGGAAGAAGCUUCAUGCAAAAAAGCUGUUUAUGUGUCAUCAUACCAGGACAACAUUGAUGAUUUCAUAGUCAUCCAGGGUCCUGCUGCACGAGUCCGACCCAAACGCCUUCCAGAAGAGUUUUUCACUUUCAAGUAUGAAGAGCUAGUGAAGAAUCUGUCGUGCAGAGCUCCUGAUCAGCCAAUGAAGCCUUAUCUAAAAGAGCAUCUUCCUAAACGACUCCAUUUUGCUAACAAUGUCCGUAUAGAAAGAGCACAUCUCUACAUGAAAUCUCAGUGGCAAGCAGCCCUCAAGCCAAAUGAAAUUAAGUACUGCAGUGGUGGCUUCCACGGUUCAGAUAAUGUCUUCAGAAACAUGCAGACCAUUUUCAUUGGAUAUGGACCAGGAAUGAAGUACAAAACAACUGUAGCUCCCUUUGAAAACAUAGAAGUGUAUAACCUUCUUUGUGAUUUGUUGGGAAUUCCCCCUGCCCCUAACAAUGGCACUCAUGGAAGUCUCAACCAUCUACUGAGGAACCCACUUCAUCAUCCAGUCCACCCUCCUGAGAUCUCUCCAGCCUCCAUCUGUUCCACUAUUGUUGUGUCUCGGAGUGAUGACCUUGGCUGCUUCUGCAGGUUCCACAACAAAUCUGAGGUGGAAUAUCUCAAUCGCCGUCUGAUUAGUUCAAACCCAACGACCAAACAUCUUCAUCUGCCAUAUGGGGUACCACGAGUUCUACAGGAGAAUGCAAACUACUGUGUGCUUCAGCAUUCUUCCUACAUCAGUGGAUACAGCAAAGAUAUCCUCAUGCCUCUCUGGGUUGCAUAUAGUCUAGAACCACUGUCUGGUGUGCAACCUCUAAAUUCCUCACAGGAAGAGUGUGUUCGUGCUGAUGUGCGUAUUCCAGCUGAAGCAAGUCAGUCCUGCUUCUCCUACAAGGACAACCAAACUCUGACUAAUGCAUUCCUCCAUCCUCCCAAUUUGGCCUUAAAUGGAACGGAGUCUGACUCACUCAUCACAAGUAACAUGGCACCGAUGUUUACAAUUUUCAAAGGAAUUUGGGAUUAUUUCCACAAUGUCCUUGUGGUAAAAUAUUCCACAAAUCUGAAUGGUGUAAAUAUCAUAAGUGGACCAAUAUUCGAUAGAGACUUUGAUGGAAAAUAUGACAUCAUGAAACGGAAGACAAAGAAUAAGGCACCUGUACCUACUCAUUUCUUUGUGAUUCUGACGAGCUGUAAAAACUCAUCUCUGGCUCUACAGAAGUGUGAAGGUCCGAUGGAGACGGUAUCUUUUAUUCUGCCUCACCGUCCAGAUAACACUGAGACAUGUCAUAAUGGGAGUGAAUAUUCUUGGGUUCAAAACUGGACUCAACUUCAUGUUGCACGGAUACGAGAUAUUGAACUUCUAACUGGGCUGAGUUUUUAUCCUGACCUUUUACCAGUUGAAGAUGCAUUACAACUCAAAACCUCUUUGAAAUCUUUUUAGUAUUUUAAUUCUAGUAACUAUAUGAGGACCUCAUGUCAUGACUGAGUCUAGAUAACUUCUGUCUGAAUGAGCAGCUACUGUAUAAGGACCUGUCUUCAACUCUUUCCAAAGAAAAUAAGCCGGAGAUGCUUUAUAAAUGAUUUAUAUCGCUAAUGCAUCUUUGACCAAAUAUUCUGUUUAUACUUUUUUAAAUGUUGUGUAUUUAUAUUUUUAAAAUGCCUAUCAUUUUAAUAUAAAAAAGCAAAUGCAGCUAAAAUCAUACUUGCAUAUAGACAAAGUAGGUUUAUUACAUAU